CAAACCAUAAUAUCAACAUUACCACGCUUAUUCGUACGGGAUACGGCAAAGUGUCCUAAUUUUCGAUCACCAUGCACAGGACAACGAUAGCUAAGUACACAAAAUUUUCCGCCGAUGAGCUACAGAAAUCACUCUCCGAUCCACUAUCCUGCGUGGCCGCGGUACAGUUAAACGAAAUCCUUAGCCUGCGACCGCGUGACUGCGAGCACAUUGUCAAGGGUGUACGGCGCUGCGUGACUGACAAGAUCGGCCGGUACCAUUCGAAGGUGAACGGUAUCGUGCUGGGCUAUGCGAAAAUUCGCAUUGAUAAUGCACUCUCAGCAUUACGGUUGGACAGUCCGUUCCUGCACGUGCGGGCCACCAUUGAUUAUUACGUCUUCCAGCCACAGAUAGGCUCAACAUUGCGUGGUACGGUAAACUACGUCUCGAAGCAGUUCGUCAGUGCCAUGAUCUACCGGGUGUUCAAUGUGACGGUCAAGCUGGGCAAAUCCAACAACCAACAGGAAACAGUUAAGAAGGGAUCGGAUAUUGCGUUUAUCGUAAAGUCAUGCGAUAUGAAGAGUGAAAUACCGGUCAUCGAGGGUGAGCUCAUCGUGAACGGUGUAAUACCGACACGUAUCAAGCUGGAACCGGGCACAGAAAACAGCAAGAGCUUAGACAGCGCCGAUGGCGCAGAAGCGGAAGAGAACGGCACUGUGGAGUCAGAAACCAUAGACAGUACGCUGCCGGUAGUAAAGCACGAACCGAAAACAAGUAAAACGAAGAAAACUAAAAAGGAGAAAGAACCAGAAAAGACUACGAUUGUAAGUAAUGGUACAGGAUCUGCACAGCUCGAUGCUACAGAUUCUUCCGAUGAAUCGGACGACGAAAAAAGUCUUCUUAUUAAGUCACUUAUGAGCGAAGUGUUUGGUGAUGAAUUUAUGGCCGGAAGCAGCAAAAAACAAAAAAAGAAAAAGAAAAAAUCAUCUAGAAAGAAAUCAACAGAUGAGCCGGUUCGGAUUAAGCAAGAACCGAUAUCGUCGGAUGAAGAGGUAGCUUCGGAAUCUGGGCAGAAUUCUAGUACGUCCAACUUCGGGACCGGUCUAUCGAAUGGGAAGAAUGGGCUGACGAACGGUAGAUCAACAUUAUCGUUGCAUAAGGAUCAGCCAGAAAUAACGGAGAAAAGGCGCAAGAUCCAGAUCGAUCAUAAUGCUACGAUAGCUCACAUCAAAACGGAACCAACUGAAAGUAAAAAGAAAAAGAAGAAAAAUCCCAAUAAAUAAUAGAACCGAAAGUUUUCC